CGUCUUUGACUAUCCAACUCGUACAGAGAGUGAUAAGCGUACGGAAAUGCACUACAUUAGUCGUAUUUAAUCGCGUGCCACUGCAACAGCGUAAAUGCAAGUUCCGCUGCUCCCUUAACAUUUUCUUCCAGUUGAAGACUUCUUGAUCCUACGCAAAAAAAUGUCGCACCACCCGUGCAAAAAGCCCGUCAUCCUGGUCAUUGGCUCAACCGGAACCAACGGCCGACUGAUCGUGGAGAAACUGGAAAAACAUUCCGCAGACGUCACCGUGCGCUAUUCAUCACGUCGACAAGAACAAGUCGAUCAAUGGAAGAAGGAGAAGAAAGAUGCUGUGAUCUUGGACUUAGACAAUCCAUUGACCUUUGGAUUGGCGCUGCACGGCGUGGAUAGAUUGAUCUUAAUUACGGGUUAUACGGUAGCCAUGUUGACGCAGAGCAAGACACUGAUCGAUGCGGCAUAUAAAGCCGGCGUCCAGCAUGUGGUGCACCUGGGCAUCUUCGCCGAUUGGGACACCACGGACCCGCAUUUUGUUUGGCAUUUCAUGAUCGAGACCUACCUGAAGGCCAGCGGGUUGAAGUGGACCAAUUUGCAUCCGAAUAUGUUUAUGGAGAACGUCUUUGCACCGAAUUUCCUCGAUAAAGGCGCGAUGAACGACUUUUUCGACGGGAGAAAGGUGGGAUGGGUGGCAGCGGAGGAUAUCGCUAAGGUGGCGGCGACCGUUUUGCGGGAGGGACCGUGCAAACACCACGGAAAGGAUUACUGGAUGAGCACGGAUUCGUUGACCAUGGCGGAAGCCGGUAAAAUCAUUUCGGAAGUCACCGGGAAGCCGAUCGGCGUGGCCAAGAAAACGGAGCAGGACUUUGUGAACUAUGUAGCCACGUCGCCGGUGUGGAAUGAAAAGUGGUACGCUGAAGGCGUCCGUCAUUUUAUCAUCCAGAUUAAGGACGGCCGUCUGGGAGUAACCUCGGCUGUCCGGGAUGACGUCCCGUUUGUGACCGGCGAACCGUCCUUGCACUUCCGUGAAUGGGCCACUGGAUACAAAGACGCGCUUACCAAGGCUGUCAGUCAGUGAUUCAGUUUGGGUGCAAAAAGUGCUACUGUGGGAGUAAAAUGAUGAACAAAAAAGAAAAUGCUUAUUAAUUUUUCUUGCGAAGAAACGUAUCGCGCAAUGGUAUCAAAACAUUGAUAUCUGCUGCGGCAGCUAAUUUGUAACAAACUAUUGCUGUGUAAACUGCUGUCGUUUGUUUCUGUCGGGCACACAGUCAUUAAACAGUUUGUUGUCGAA